GUUGGUGUGUGUGGUAACUAAGGACGGCGUUGCUGAGUUUUCUCGGCGGAAAAAAAAGUGGACGGGAGGAUCUUCCUUAGCAACCGUGGAUAAACAUGAGUUAUUACAGCAUCAGACCCCCCAGCUCCACCAGCUUCUCGUCCAGCUCGACAACAACAAGUGGAUUUGAAGAUCACAGCAGCAUCAUGCAGCAGAAGCUGGAAAAACAGAGGUCUUUGCUGGAGCAGAAGCAGCGGAGGAAACGUCAAGAACCCCACAUGGUCCAGCCCAACACGGAGGCCCGGCAGCGGCUGUCCCGCAUGCGGCACGGCGAGGAGCAGGCUCCGCUGGUGGACUCCUAUCCUCGCAAUGCUGGCGACAUCAACGUGGACGUAGGUAUUGAUGGACCGGCAGCUGUUCUGGGACCCAAAACUCCCAACAAGGGAAUAAAAACCAAAGUCGCGUUGGUGAACAAGGCCCAGUGUCUGUCCUCGCAAAAGAGCCAGCCCCCUCCUCCUCCUUCUCCUACUUCAGCGGCAGGGGAAGCGGAGAAGGUCGCAGACAGACAGACGUUGCUGGAGCCCAAAACGGUCAUCCAUGAGCUACUGCUGAAACAAGGGCUGUCAGGCAGCAUGAACUUUGACGAAUCCAGCGAGGACAACGAGGACGAGCGUCCGCAAUCACCGACUCCGAACGUGGACGCCAUAAGGCCCGCCUCUGCCUCCAGCGCCAAAGACUUUUUCCCGGAGGUAGCUGGCAGCUCGCCUUCUUCCCGCAGUUCGCCUCUGGAGGUGACAAAUUUAGAGGAGUUUGUUUUGGUCCCAGCCCCGCGCGGCGCUACCGUCAAAUGCCGCAUCAGCCGCGACAAAAAGGGCAUGGACCGCGGCCUGUACCCCACGUACUACAUGCACAUGGAAAGGGAGGACGGCAAAAAGGUGUUCUUGUUGGCGGGCAGGAAGAGGAAGAAGAGUAAGACGUCCAACUACCUCAUCUCAGUAGACGCCACCGACUUAUCACGAGAAGGAGAGAGCUUUAUCGGCAAACUGAGGUCCAACCUCAUGGGCACCAAAUUCACAGUGUACGACAACGGCACAAGUCCCUGCAAAAACCCUGCGGCGAUGGUAGAGGGUUGCAGCACUCGACAGGAGCUGGCCGCUGUCUGCUACGAAACCAACGUGCUGGGAUUCAAGGGACCCCGUAAGAUGACCGUGGUAAUCCCAGGCAUGAACGCCAACUUUGAGCGGGUGCCCGUUAGGCCCCAAAACGAGCAGGAGAGCCUGCUGAGCCGCUGGCAGAGUCAGUCCCUGGACAACCUGAUCGAGCUGCACAACAAGAAUCCCGUUUGGAACGACGACACGCAGUCCUACCAGCUCAACUUCCACGGGCGCGUCACGCAGGCUUCCAUCAAGAACUUCCAGAUAGUCCACGACAAUGACCUCGACUACAUCAUCAUGCAGUUUGGCCGAGUGGCCGAGGACAUCUUCACUCUGGACUACAACUACCCCAUGUGUGCCCUUCAGGCCUUUGCCAUCGGCCUGUCCAGCUUUGACAGUAAGCUGGCAUGCGAAUGAACUGCGAAUCGGACGUCGCCUCCUCCCAAGACAGGCUAGGUGACACAGGCGGGUGAAGUUACGUUGUCACGCUAACUAACAAUGCUCGUCCGCCAUAUAUUUGUUCUCAUGUACGCGACUUCAGCAAGUCAACACUUUUAAACAAUUACCACCACUGUGUGAGGGUGAAAUUUAUCAACCUGACAUCGCCCGUCAAGAGGAACAGUCGGAGACACCACUCUGGUAGCAUCUCACUAGUAUCGUAAUGUUUUCAUAUCAGUCUAGAUUUUACCACCAUUUUCUCUUGUGUGGGAAGUGCAUUAUGGACUUUUUUCUUUUACCUUGCGACUUACAAGACGCCAUUGCAAAAUUGCACAUUGAUAGAUGAAACAUCUUGUGAAUAAAACAGCUCAGCAUUAUAUUGCCUUGCAAAGGACACACAUUUCAAGGAUUCAAAAACAACAAUAAAUCAUUUGGAACAACAGCGACUUUAAUAUAGUCAGUAACUUACAUGUUUUUUGCUUUGUUUUUUUAACACGUGCAAGCAGUGUAUAAAAUAGCUUUUGAAAAUAAAAAAAGUGCAUUAUGAAGAAAAGUUUUAUGGAAAUGAUUUUGUUUCCAUGUGCAAAAGAGGUCAGUGAACCCAAGUACUUUUAUUUUUAUAUCACUGAUACAGCCUGAAAUAAAAUGUCCUGUACAUUAAA